AACGAGGGUUAUUCCUUUGUCGAGAAAAAGGUCAAAAGAGCACAUCUCACUGAAAGACUCAUCAGAAUACAAUCUAUCUCAAAGCAAAAUACAACCUACGACAAACAAGCACUCAUCAAACUCGGCGAAGAAAUCAUCACUAUCGUCGACAAAUCAAAUGAACACCUCACUACUAUCACUGCCGAAUCACUCAUCACUUUCAACAACUCUCCACUCAUCACACCGUCAAACACUCUCUGCAACUCACUUGCACCAGAGACUACAUCAGUCACACCUGAAACAUCUUCUCCUGACCAAACAAAGCAAGAAGAACAAUACUUAUACUACUCACAAAAUCAACUACCGUGUUACCAAUACACACAAUACCAACAAUACCAACAAUACUACUACAUCGACCCUCUAUCCGGUCAAUACACUUUCUUCUGCUUGUAA